AUGAUCGAUGCCACGACAAUCCGUAACAAGUAUGGCGGUCGGGUGCCGCCGCCAGUACCACUUGCGAACCGCGAAUGGCCGUCCAAGGAGAUGACAAAGUGCCCCGAGUUCCUGUCCCACGACCUCCGCGAUGGCAACCAAGCUUCGCCCAUCCCCAUGACUUUCAACCAAAAAGUCAUCAUCUUCAAGAGCCUGGUCUCACUCGGGUUCAAGGAGAUAGAGCUCGGGUACACCGGCGCCUCCAAGAGCGACAACGACUUCGUCCGUCAUGUCGUGGAAACACCCGGCCUCGUGCCGGACGACGUAUGCAUCCAGGUCUGCUCCCCCUGCCGGGAAGACGCGCUCCUCCAGACGGUCAAGAGCCUCCACGGCGCGAAAAAGGCCAACGUCUUCACCUACAUCGGCUGCAGCGACUCCCUGCGCGAGGUGGUGCUCAGGAUGACCGAGGACGAAUGGGUCGAGCGCGCGCGGUCGUGCGCCGCCUACGUGCGGUCCCUCGUCAAAGACGGCGGCCCCUACGCCGAGGGCACGGAGUGGUCGUUCAGCUUCGGUUUCGAAGACUUCUCCAACGCCCGGGUCGAGGCCGUCAUACGCUGCGCCGAGGCCGUCAAGGCGGCGUGGAAGCCGACGGUCGACGACAAGAUGGUCCUCGGGGUGGCGGCGAGCGUCGAGGUGUCGCCGCCCAACGUCUUUGCUGACCGGGUCGAGUACCUGCUCAAGAACCUGUCGGACCGCGAGACGUUCCGCUUCGGCGUACACCCGCACAACGACCGCGGAUGCGCCGUGGCGGCCGCCGAGCUCGCCUGCUUGGCCGGGGCGGACCGCGUCGACGGCUGUGCCUUUGGGCACGGGGAGCGGGGUGGCAACGUCGACAUGAUCAUCGUGGCCGCCAACGCCAUGACGAUGGGUCUCGACCCGGGCCUCGACCUGAGUCGUCUCGACGAGGUGGCCACGACGUACGCCGAAGUCACCAACAUGCCGGUGCCCCCGCGAACUCCGUACUCCGGGUCGUUCUACUUCCGCGCCUUCAGCGGGCUUCACCAAGACGCCAUCUCCAAGGGGCUUCGCGCGCGUCAGAGCGCGUCGGCGGACGCGCCCUGGCAGGUCCCGUAUCUGCCUCUGGACCCGAGCGACCUCGGCCGCGACAUGCGGGAUUGCGUCGUCGGCAUCACCAGCCAGAGCGGCAAGGCCGGCACCGCGUGGGUUCUGGGCCAGAUGCUGGGUCUCCGAAACAUCCCGGUCGACCUGCUACGUCUUUUCCAAGGCGUCGUGCAGCAACUGGCCGAACGGGCCGAAGAAGAGCGCAAGAGCAUCAGCAACCACGAUGUCUGCCAGGCGUUCUGCAAUGUGUUCCACAUUGGGACAAUGGGACAGGCCCCUCUGCCUACCUUACUGGCGGGCACAAACGAUUCUGGAAUCUUUGCCCUAGGCGACAUCCUCUCGGCCCUGGACAAGGACGACCCGGCCGAAACCCACGCGGCUCUGGCGCGGGUGUUGAACCUCCCCGACCAAGUCGAGAUUUCCGUACAAUGUGAAACCUUGGACGGGUCGCCGAGCGAGGUGUUGCCCGGCAGCACCGUGGCCUACGCAAAACUCACAACCGCCGACGCUGCCACAGACUGGGGAGUUGGUGUGGGGGACGGAGAGACGGAUGCGUCAAUACGCGCUGUCGUCUCGGCUUUCGUCGUUGCUGGGUAUCUGCGACUUCGGGAGUCCGGCGCUCAACAACAAGCUGCCAACGCGUUGAGUGGGGGACCGACUGACCAUCGUCCUGCUCUCUCCCGUCCUUUUGAGUUCCGAGCCGUUGAAACUAUCUAG